AUGCCACCUACGAAGAAUACGCCGGAGUCGCUCGCGCACUUCUCCGCGGCGACCCGUGCGAUUCACGGCGACGACGGCAUCCAGUUGCACAGUGCCGUGGCACCGCCCAUGCACGUGUCGACCACCUUCCGGUACCACGAUGACCCGGAGAAGCUGGUCUUCUGGGGCGAGCACGAUCCCAACGCCGACCGAGACACGAACAUCUACUCGCGUGACAGCGCGCCGAAUACGACCCGUCUCGAGGCUGUUCUGACCUCGCUGCUGGGUGGCAAGGCGCUCACCUACUCGUCGGGAUUGUCCGCGUUCCAUGCGAUGAUGGUGCAUCUGCGACCGAAGCGUAUCGCCAUUGGAGCGGGAUACCACGGCUGUCAUGGAAUCAUCGACAUCCUCCACCGCCUGUAUGGGUGUGAGAAGGUGGACCUGGACAGCGACGAGAUCGGGGAGGGCGACGUUAUCCACGUCGAAACACCGCUGAACCCGACCGGUGAGGCGCGCGACCUGGCGCACUACUCGGCCAGAGCCAAGAAGGCUGGCGCGUACCUCACCGUCGACGCGACGUUCGCGCCUCCGCCGCUGCUGGCGCCGUUCGAUCUCGGCGCCGACAUCGUCAUGCAUUCGGGCACCAAGUAUUUUGGCGGGCACAGCGACAUGCUUUGCGGCGUAAUCGCAGUCAGCCCCCAGCGCGAGGAGUGGUGGGCCCAGCUCAAGAGUGACCGCCUUGUACUCGGCGCCGUCAUGGGGAGCUUUGAGGGUUGGCUUGGCCUGCGGUCCCUCCGCACCCUCGAGAUCCGCAUCAAGCGCCAGAGCGACACAGCCACGCGUCUCGUCAAGUGGCUACACGAGUCGGUAGCCAACCUUCCCGCCGUCGAGCGUGUGACCCACGCCUCGCUGCAGGAUGGGGCGUGGGUGCGCGAGCAGAUGCCUAAUGGCUUUGGCCCAGUGUUCGGGCUGUACCUCAAGAGCGACAAGGCUGCACGAGCAUUCCCUUCUAAGCUCGCGCUGUUCCACCACUGCACGUCGCUCGGGGGCGUUGAGAGUACGAUCGAGUGGCGACGCAUGACAGACAAGAACGUCGACACGCGACUGUUGCGAGUCAGUAUUGGCCUUGAAUCGUUCGAGGACCUGCAAGCCGACAUCCAGCAGGCUCUUGACGCGGUGGCAUCUGCAUAG